AUGGAGUCGGUGGCACCCAAUCGCGACGUUCGAUUCUUUGUUCAAUGGCCAUUUGGCAUUCUGAUGGCGUCACAGACUAUAUUAUCGCUUCUAUCGCUCGUCAUUCUAUACUUUUCUCCAUUUUUGUAUGAAGGAACUUCUUUCGUGCGUCUUGUCUUGCUUUUUAUUUUGUUCUCGAGUAUUCUAAUGAAUUUUUAUCAUUUCAUAGGCUAUAGCCGAAAGGUCUAUAUGAUUGGCCGUUAUCCGCUAUUUAUUCCAUCCACUUACAUCGUUUUGAUGUAUUCAUUUGGUGGAUGUAUCCUGAUGACAAUCUCAACUUUAAUCGCUUUAAUUGGAUUUUUCGAUUCUCUACGAUUCAAGUAUACUCUCACCAUCGCUUAUUCGCUUCUGACGAUAACUUGCACUCUUUUGACAUUGGCGUGCGGACGAAUUGCUGUUUUACUAUUUCGUGCGGCUCCAAACGGACAGACUAAAGGAUUAGUCAAUGUGGCUAUUGAAGCAUGUUCUGCAAUUAUUGCUCCGCCUACAGAAGAACUCGAGAAAUUUUCAGCGAUUUUUAACGAUUGGAAGCAAUUACGCGAGCAAUUCGUAAACAAAUCAAAAGACUACCCAUUUGGAUAUUCAAACAUUAGUUGCUGGAAAACUAUACCGAUCGCCGGUCCAGCCACAUCGGUGCAUCAACUACAUCCGAGCCAAAUUGAUGUCAUUGCGGUUCUUGGAGAUUCAAUUUCGCUCGCUGAAGCUGCAAAAGCAAAUUCUAUUUAUGAUAUUGGAAGCCCAAAUCCCGGCGUUAAUUUUGCAAGCGGAGAAGAUGUGACGAUAAAUGAACAAGCUACACUUUUAAAUAUUUUUCAAGAAUUCUCAAAAAACGUUCUCGGUGGCUCAUCCGAUGAAAUAAGACAACCAUAUGAUUUUAAUUUUGCUGAAGUCGGAGCAUGUUCAAGCAGUCUUCCUGAUCAGUCCGAACUUCUUGCUGGAGAAUUGGAACGAGUUCUGGGAGCAGAUAAUAAAAAAUUUUGGAAAUUCAUCAAUAUUUUCAUUGGUCAUAAUGAUUUCUGUAAAAUCUGUCAAAAUCAAUCAGAAAUCAAUUCAUCUGGUUUUGCGAAUUCAUUGAGGACAUCACUUUCAGUGAUUCGCUCAAAAAUUCCAAGAGCGUUCAUCAAUUUAUUGCCUCCAAUCAACGUUUAUCUUCAUUCUGCAACACAUCAGAAUGUCCCAUUUUGCAAAACAUUUCACACAUUUGUUUGCCCAUGCAUCUUGAAUCUUACAUCCUCUGACUAUGACAAUAUUAAACGAGAUUAUGACAAAGCCAUUGAGCAAGUCGUUCGGGAAUUCGAUGAUCCUUCAAAUGAUAAUUUUGCCGUCGUCUUAGCUUCAGCGAUGGAUAUCAAAAAAGUGCCUCAAAUUGAGAAUUCGCCAAAUUUGGCUUUUUUCGCUCUUGACUGCUUCCAUUUGUCACAAAUGAGCCACGAUAUCGCGGCGAAAGAAAUUUGGAAAGGUUUAUUUGAGCCGAUAAAUCAAAAAACCGUUUUCGAUGCUAAACAUGAUCAUUUGAAUGAAUUUAUUUGUCCACCGAAGAAUUGUCCGUUUUUACGAACAUCACGUAAUUCUGAAAACUGUGUGCUCUCUGUAAAAACUCGAAACGGCUUCAACGGAUAUCCAGCCGAUCCGAGGCCAAUCAGCAGCACCCUUCUAAUCGCGCUGAUGUUUGUUAUCGGUGCCGUUGCGGUGUUGUUAUUCGCGCGGGCGACAUUCCGGAAUCCAUCGGAAUCGAUGGAUCACGAACGACAGCGUCUGCUUCCGUUGCGGCACGAAUUACGCGACAGCAUUUUCUGA